AACACAGUUAUGUCACCCCGUACCCUCGUUAUUGAAAUUAUGUGGAAAGCGCCCACGUAUAAUUUAAAUAACCCAGUGUGUUGGUACAUCUACUUCUUUUCAUACUGUUAUUUAUUUUAGAAAAAUGUUUAUAAAUCAAAUAUUCUUUAAGGCCGCCGAUAACUUUAAAACUUAUGUCAACAAUCUCAAAUUUGAUUUAAUUUGCCGCUUUAUGCAAAUGAAAUCUGAAUUGACAGAUAAAUCACCUAGGUACAUUGUCUUCUAUGUGUGUCAUAUCUAUUUAACUUCCUGUUCUUGUGAAAAAGAUAACAAGAUUUAACCUGUUUUACUUUUGGCUCAAUAUUGCUGAAUAACAUUGAUGAGGUUUGGAUUUGAUUUUGAAAACGUGAGUUAUGUAAACUUGUAUUAUGGAGUACAUGAAUCCAGACCUUGUAUGAAAGUUAAAAAAACAUGGCAACUGGUGGGACGUCAAUUUACAAAGGAUCUGACCUGAUUCAUGACUACAGUUGUUCCAAGUGCGAGGAAAAUGACUUUAACACUGAAGCCCAGCACUUCUGUCCAGUGUGUGAACACUAUCUGUGUGACAAGUGUGUAGGGCUACAUAAUGGCUACCAUACCAAGCACUCUGUAUAUGGCCGUGGUGAUAUUGAGAAGUGGGUGGGGUCAUCAAUUGACAGAUGUGACCAACAUGGCAAAGAGCUGGAGGUCCACUCAAACUCCGCGCAGUGUUACUUCCCUUGCAGUACAGUAAUCACUGCCACCACAAGAUUUUCAUCCAAAAUUGGAUGAAAACUUUUAAUGGCAUUUUUUUUAAUCAUAUAUAUUUAUUCUUAUAUCCUUUCUUAAAUAAUUACUUUACGCCAGUUGAUAGGCAUAAUAUGUUUUAUAAAAAAAUAACAAUUAAAAAAACAUUCGGAAAUGUUCGGUCUUUUUUCAAAUUGAAAGUAGGAUUUACAAAUUACAAUAUCAACAUGGAUGUGUUGUUAGCUAUUCAGACAUGUAUCGAACGUUUUGCAUUUUUUCCUUUUAUGGAAUAAAAUCGUUUAUUUUCUAAACAAAUGAAACAUGUUGCUGGAAUUUCUUUUAAAGGUGUUCCGUCCAUUUUGUAAAUUGCAAUCACGUGCCGUUUCUAUCAUCACGUGAUAUUUGUGAAGGCAGUGAUUACUGUACUGCAAGGGAAGUAACACUGCGCGGAGUUUGGAGGUCCACUGUGAUGAUCACCAGGAACUUUGCUGCAGUGUCUGUGUAGCACUCAACCACAGACUGUGCAACAGCAUCAGUUACCUCCGUGACCUUGCAAAAGGCUUCCACAAGAAGACAGAGUUCAAGCAGCUGUCAGCAGCGGUGGACAAAAUGAGGAGCAGGCUGGAUGAGCUAAAGAAGGCAGGGACAAAAUACCAGUAUGAACUUAAGAACUCGUAUAGGAUGGCUAUAGCUGAAAUAAAGGCUCUUCGGAAGGAAAUAGAUUCAAUUCUUAAUCAGCUUGAGAAGGCAACAAUAGAACAAGUAGAAAACAUGAUUGGUGAUUUGGAAAACGAUUUUAAAGACGAUGUUGAAAAAUAUAUGAAGAUAAAUGAUCAACUGAAAAACCUAAUGGAAAAGAUCAAUCAGUUGGUUGGAAAACGCAAGGAGACAACCUCCUACAUUGGAUACAGAAAAUGUACAGUUAAAUUAACCCAGGCUAAUGAUCUGGUCGGUGAAAUACAGAGAAGACCGAAGAGAGAGAUACAGUUUGUAUCGGACAAAACCAUUGAAUCGUUCCUGGAAAGUCUGAAAACAUUGGGGUUGAUUGAGAGAAAAUGUUCCAAAGCACACAAAGAUUGUCUGUAUCAGGUUGUAAGAUCAAAGCAAUUUAAUGUUAAAAUUCAAGAAGAUAAAGAGUUAUGCAGCAUAUCUGGGGUAUGUGAGUUACCAAGUGGACACAUAGUCAUCUCAGAUGGUGCUAACCCCAAGGUGAAGCUUCUGAACAGUGAAUUUCAAGUCAUUAAUCAUUGUGAUCUUCAUGUUCCUACAUGUUUCGUAUGUCAUAUUGCAGCCAAUGAGGUAGCUGUAGCAUUUGGAGAAGCUGAUAAUGAUGGUGAAUACAAAGAUACCAUACAAUUUAUUAAAGUCACGGGAGGAAGACUGCAGAAAGUGAGAAAGUUCUCUACAGACCAUGCGAGCGGCUAUAUCGCUCACCACCAGGGCAACCUGUAUGUGACCUCCGGGACAGCACUGUAUCAGUACACAAUUGAUGGAAAACUUGUUAAGAAGCUCCAUGAAGACAAAACUGGUCAAUUACCAGUCUUUCAAUGUGCUGUGUGUCCUGAUGGCGAGAUAAUAUAUGUUAUAAACUUUGAUGGAAGUAAAUUGAUUUCACUAGAUCAAUCCGGCCAAAUGUUAUUCGUAUUUGAAGAUCCUGAAUUAGUAAGUCCGACUGGAGUGUGCGUCAGCCUGAGUAGCCAAGUGUUUGUGUGUAGUUCUAAUAACACUGUAAUACAGUUGGAUAGUGAGGGGACAAAGAAGUUGGGAACAGUGGCAAGGGAAGUUGAUGGCAUUAACAAUCCAUGGUCAAUUGGGUUUAUUGAGAGCACGUCUACCCUUAUUGUCGGUGGAAUGGAAAAUGAUAACAUUGUUGUUCUUCAGUUAGAGAAGAUAUGAGUAUGCGGAAUUAUUCAACUAUGAAAAACAUUCCAUGGUCGAUAGGGUUUAUUGAAGAAACACUAGCCUUGAACAAAACAAUGACAACUGUGUUGGUUUUCAGUUAAGAAAUAUAUGAGGAAAAAACUAACUGAUGACCAGUUGUGUGUGCGACAAAUAAAAGAUAGUGUAAUAUAUCUACUGAUAUUUAUUGGGAUCUUACUUCUUUUGGAGUAUGCCUAAAUAGCUUUAAAUGACAUUUGAUUGUAUAUUACCAGGAAAUUAUCAAAAAUUGUAGGUGACAUCUUUUUCGAAAUUACGAUGAUAUUUUAUUCCUGCCAUUGCGAGCAGAUAUUUGAUCUUGAUGUCCGAAAAGCCAAUGAUCUGCAACCUUGAAAGAUAUUUAAACUGAUAUUUUCACUGCUUCAAACAGUGAAAUAACAAGUUCUAUUUCAUGAUAAAUUCAUAUAAACCACCAUUUAUAUAUAAGACCAUAUACGUCAUUUAUUAUAUUGGAGAUAAUAUAAUGCAAUUCAAACUUUAGCAUUAAAAAAACAUUGAAUGGUCUCUUAUUGAUUAUUGAACGUGCAGUUAUAAGUUUAAUGAUUUAUACACCUACUCCUGUUGAUGUGUGAAAUAUCGGUUUUGGCUUCAAGUGGUGAAUAUCAAUAUUUUGUCAUUAUCAUCAUUUUAUGUGUAAUAUUACGACCGUCAUUAACAUGUUGGUUUGAAUGAAUGUCCUUGAGUUUUAUGUUGAAAUAUACUUCAGUCUUAAUCUUAACUUUCAAAUUUUGAUAUGUAUGAUUUGAUAUCGUCCAUGUAUGUACAUUGUAUCACAUGUUUCUAAACUAUAAGCUUCUGCUGUGUGUCGUAUUAUAUUUUCAUAUAAAUGAGUGUGUCAUUUUGAAUAUUUCACAUGAAUGUAAACUCAUCACAAGUAUAUACAAAUAAACCUCUUUAAACCAGAA